CGUGACAUAACGCCGAGACGGACGGCGCGCCAACGCGCACCUCGGACCCGAGCAGUCGAUCGUCGCGUCCUCCUCUCACUCGGCGGCUUGCGCGUGGCGAGCUUGCGGAGCUUUGUUCUGCCGAACGACAUCGAGCGUAAGAGCGCGCGAGUGCGCAGCGGACGCCAAACGAACGAUGGGGCGACGGUGAAGGUGCGCGCGUGCGGAACGAGCGAUGAAGACGAGCAGCGCCCGCGGCCGGAAAAUCAAUAGCGGCCUGUCGGUGUUCAGGCCGCGCUCGAGAAGCGACGACAACCAGGAGUUGUCUUUGGAGCUAAUCGUCGCGGCCAGGAGGUCCGGCAAACUUUGCCUGUCGUCCAGGGGUCUGGCCUCCGUGCCCGACCGAGUAUGGAACAUCAACGAAUUGACCGACGAAGAGCUGAAAGAGCUACAAGUAGACCUCCGUAAUUCAGACAGCCAGGACAAGUGGUGGGAGUAUGAGUCGCUCAAGACUUUGGAUUUAAGCUCGAACAGCUUGACCAAAAUCAGCGAGGAUAUUAGACGACUGGCCGAUCUGAUCAAUCUGGACUUACACUGCAAUUUAUUGGAAUCCCUGCCCGAACAAGUUGGCUGCCUCUCCAAGCUAAGGAAAUUCAACCUGUCGUCGAACAAGUUGCGAGGCCUACCCUGUCAAUUCUUCAACUUGAACGAGCUGCGAUGUUUGGAUCUGAAAAGCAACUUGAUUAAAGAGCUGAGCCCCGCUAUAGGGGACUUGGUGAUGUUGGAGUAUCUGAAUUUGUCGUCGAACGAGCUGCGAACUCUACCCUCGGGACUCGGAUAUCUGGUACGAUUGAUCGCUCUGGAUUUGAAUCACAACAAGCUGAAAGAACUGCCGCCGGAUAUCAUGAGCAUGAGAGCACUGAAGAAGCUCGACGUGAGUAACAAUUGUCUGGAAAUCGUUCAUCCGUUGGGAGAGCUGAGAAAAAUUGAAAAGCUCGAUUUCCGCAUGAACAAUCUGUCGGCUUUUCCGGACGUCCGCGGCUGCACCUCGCUACAAGAGUUUCACCUCGCGCACAACGGCAUCACGGAGAUCGACGUCAACUGCCUCGAGAGCUUGGGACAGUUAAAAGUGUUGAACAUGAGCAACAACGAGAUCGACCUUAUUCCCGACGAGAUUAUUUUGUUGAUCAACUGCGAGCAGUUGGAUCUGUCUUACAAUAACAUAUCUGCGAUUCCUAGCUGCGUGGGUGUAAUGCCAAAUCUCCAGAAUUUCAUAAUCGACGGCAACAAAGUGCGAAACAUUCGUCGUGAUAUCGUCUCGUGCGGCACGCCUCGAAUUAUGAGGCACCUUCGGCAAACCAUCAACCCAACAAAUAUCGAAACAACGAAUUCACCGUUGCGCGUUUGCAGCGCAAGCAACUUUCCCGACAAGUAUACCAUGAGAAACGCAAAAUUGUUGAGUGUAGUCGGACAGAAUAUAGCCGAAAUACCGGACGAGAUAUUCGAGAAUGCCAAAGAAGCUGAAGUGACCUGCGUAGACCUAAGUAGAAACCGGCUGCAAGAAUUGACGGACGGACUGUCAAAGGUGACAAGCGUCACGGAUUUGAAACUGUCGUACAAUCUACUUGGCGAGUUACCCGAGUGGAUCGGAGAAAGUCUCACAAAUUUGCGCUACUUGGACUUGAGCAAAAACCUGUUGACUUCGCUGCCCGACAGCCUCACUGGAUUGCAGUUUCUCGUCGAGAUCAAUAUCUCGUUCAACAAGUUCGAAGAAAUGCCAGAGUGCAUCUACGAGAUGCCGAAUUUGGAGAUAUUAAUCGCUAACGACAAUAAGAUGUCGUCUGUCAAUGUGCCAGCUCUUAGCAAGCUUAAGUACCUUGCGAAUCUAGAUCUGUCCAAUAAUAACAUUGGAUAUGUUCCACCAGAAUUGGGGAAUCUCAAACAUUUAAGAAUGCUGUCGCUAAAUGGCAACUGUUUUAAGCAGCCGAGACAAGCGACUUUAAUGAAAGGGACUGAAGAAAUUUUAGCGUAUCUGCGAAAUCGAAUUCCGCAAUCGUAAUGGACGUUUAACAUUAUGAGAAAAGAAUGAGUACAAAGUUUUCUUCGCAUAAGGAUAGAUUAGUUUAUAUAAAUUUAUUAAUUUAUUACGUAAUUGUUGUUAAGUUUAUUUUUCAUUCAAAAUGAUAAAUUCCAUAAAAAUUUCAAUAGAAUUUAAAAUCGAGACUAUGGAAACUAUACUUAGAGAUUAAAUCUUUCCAGAUCACAUGAUAUUUGAUUAAGUUAAAUAUUAAAUUGUCAUUUAAUAUUUGUUAAAUAUGUUUAAUAAUUGUCAUUUAAAUAAAUUUUAAAUUAUUUUGUAAUAAUUGUUAAGUGAUAUAAUUUAAUUUUAAAAGUGAUUGUGAAUGGUUAAUCGUAUGUCUACAAUGUAUAUUUGAGAGAUUGACUGUUUGUUGAACAGUAGUAUUUAAAAAAUACUAUAAAAAUAACUAAAGUAUUAUUUGAAUUGUUUUAAAAUCUUUAAAGAAAAUGUAUUCAAGAUUAAUUGUAACUCUGA